AUGAAAGUUCUAAGAAGUUGGCACGUCAGGGUUCCGCGGUGGCUGUCUAUGCUGCGAGCCGGUCGAGGCCAGAGGAUUUUCUUUCCUGGAUUGGCCUGUGAAAUUUCACAGCGGAGAUUCCAGUCCCACCAUGUAGAAGAGGAAUACACGAUGGACGUGAGCAAUCUGCCAGCCCGAUGGAAUAACCUCCCCGGAGACGCACAACAGGACAUCAUCAACUAUCUGAAGGUGAAACAAGAGUUUGGAUGGACGUACCUCACGCGAGACGAGAAACAAGCCAUAUACUACAUCAGUUAUGGUGAGUGGGGCCCCCGUGACGCAAAAAGCAUGGGGAUUCCCGACCUAGUGUUCAAGAUCAUGUCCAGUUCCAUCCUGUUUGGAGUGGUUGGCUUCACCUUGAUCAACUACGCACGCGAUCAGACUAAUGAGGAAUGA